AUGGCUUCUACUGUAUCGGUUCGACUCAAUGUGGGUGGCACUUUCUUCGAAGUCGCCGAGUCCACGCUGAUGCGCCAAGAAGGGACCAUGUUGGCCGUCAUGGCCCGAGACGUCUGGAGGCCACAAGCCGGAAAUACAAUUUUCAUCGAUCGAGACCCCGAUGUGUUCCGUCUCAUUUUACGAUGGCUCCGAGAUCCCACUGAUGCUAUUCUAGUACCACGCUCUAUCCCCCUAGCUGAUGUCGAAAGAGAUGCUCGGUGA